AGGGGUACCCAAUAGCCCCAACAGAACUUGUAUAUAGCCAGCCAAUCAGUGACUGGAGAGUUGGUGCGCGGGCGAAUGGAGAGAGAGGAGGGGGCGGGACAAGCGGCAGACGGAGAAUGACGAGAGAGAAGAUGGCGGCGCCCGUAGAGUUCCCACGUUAUUGUGAGUGAAUAACAGGAAGAUAAGUCAGUUAGUUGUAAGUUUAGCUCUGAGUUUAUUAAGUUUGUUAGUGUCCGUGUUACGGAAUAAUUACGGUUGGAGUGAAGAAGGAGUCUACACCACCAGCACUGAAGAUCACCCGGUGUCGCUGUCAAAAAGUAUAGCACGUUGUAGUGUGAGGCGGAAUGUCCUCGCUAGUUAGUGAAGUGUUAAACAUUUAGAAACAAGCUCGUCGCCAACGUCGGAGACUUCACCAGGCCAGGGAACUUGGACAGCUAGCCGUUCGCCACUACAGGGCCCUUGAUGUGCCCGCAGCUCACUUGCCCUCUCUCCCUCCCUCUCCCACGCCACUGACAGAUGGUGUGGUUUGUGAGUAUUACCCUGCCACAUGUGACUCCACAUUGUCAACGAGCAGCAAAGUGUCCGGGACGGUAAUGUCCGAUUUGGGAACAGUUCAAUACACCUUGAGGACCGUGGCUCGACCAUUUUGAACUGAACGUGCAAAACAGUGAACUGCAGUGAACAUCAUACUGAAUGUGGAAAACAUUGGACUUUGAUUGUGAAAUAUGUUUAUUGUGCAAAACGAACUUCUGUUAUGGGUUUGAAUGAUGUAAUUGAAUGUCUUUGCAUUUAAUUAGGAGUAAGAGUGUUAAACUUGACUUGGAGUAUAUUGCAUUUGUGUACAUACCGUAUGUUGCUAGGGUCAUUAACACACAGUGGAUUCAGUGUAUGUUGGCACGGGGCAUUGGUAUUUUGUGUUCUGGUUAUUGUGCCCUUUUCAGUUAGACGAACUCACCGGUGAGUAGGACAGGUGUGUCUGUUAGAGUAUUGUCAUGAGCAGGGCGGGAAGUGUUUCAGUGUGACAUAAUUGUUCUAAACUAAUUAAAUAAUAAAUUUAAUGUAACUUUUUCCUAUGGUUAGUUCCACCUGUUACACAAGGUUUAAUUUAAACUUUUGAUCGCCGUAAAAUGAGUUCGAAAUACGAUCAAAGUACUGGUUGCUGUGAUUCAUGUAAGUUAGCAAACUAGGUUAAGCUGACUUUUCAUUCAUUAACAUCGCAACAGUGCAACAAGACGUGAUUAGAUGAAUGGGCACACUUUCAAUCAUUGCCAUGGCGAAAGACCAGAUCUGGGUGACUCGUGUAAACUACCAUCUGACUAAUUUGUACGGCACUUGGCUAUCAUCACAACUCUACAGGGAAUGCAGAGGAAGGCAGAAGCCAAGGCAGCUGUGACAGCCCCCUGUUUCAGACGAGGCACCGGUACGCUCACACGCCAGGAGUGGACAGUGAAAGCGGGAGUAAAUCCCACAGCUCCCCAAAUGAAGUUCAGAGUGACAGCCCAAGCUGUGAGUCUCGUCUGUGAUGACGGUCCAGCUGGACGUGUCUGCUGAGCUCACGCGACUGAAGGACAUGGUGAUGGAGCUGAGGGUGGCGCAAACUGCCACUCAGGCUGGGUUAGAGUGCAGCAAAACCCAACUGGACAAGAUGGAGACUGGGGAUACAGACACAAACAUGCCUUAGAUACUGCACUACUCAACUACUCAAAUGUAAGUAGUUCAGCUGAAUAUGAAUUCACAGAACUGAAGUCAAGGAUGACUGAGAGUGAGCGUGAGGUGAAGAAUCUAAAGCAGACAAUUCAGCACUCAAGGCAGAGUUGAUGGAUGCUAAAGACAGACUAACAACCAGUGAGAAGGAAAUCGAGAGUCUAAAGAAGAAUGCAGAACAACCCAAGGUUGCGUUUUCAGUAGCUCUGACAGACUCUGGAUUCAUGGGGCCAGUUUCUGUUGACACUAACUUGGUUUAUACCAAAGUCAUCACCAAUGUGGGACAGGCCUACAAUCAUAUCACAGGUUUCUUCACAGCGCCAGCGAGGGGUGUCUAUUACUUCAGAUUUACCACUAGGGACAGUCCUAACUCACACUACAUGGGGAUACUGCUGUGUAAGAAUGGGGAGAAGGUCAUGUUUGUGCAGGAGUAUGACUGUGGAGCGCCAUCUAGUGUCCCAACAAGAUUAAAACAUGAACCCCAAAUGGCUCCUACAAUGACAAUGAUGGCCUACCUCUCAAGUGGUGCCUCUCUGCAGCUGGAGGUGGGAGAUGUGGUGAACAUGCGUCUGCCUGCUGGCUACAGGGUCUAUGAUGACUUGGAUAAUCACACCACCUUCACUGGCUUCCUUCUGUUUACCCUGUGAGGAUGGUUACGAUAGUCACCAUGGUUACCCGGUGAGGAUGGUUAUGAUGGUCACCAUGGUAGGACAAGUCGCUGUUGUUGUUUGUGACAAAUGUGACAUUAUAUCGCAGAAAAAUGUAUCACUAAAUAAUGACUAUGAGUGCUAAGGAACCUAGACUAAUUUAUAUUGAUUUUUGACAGCAAAGGUAAGUAGGAUACAAGUGUGUUUGUGUUUUGUUGUUUUGAUUUUUUUGUCUUAUUCAGAUGUAGUUCAACCAUGUUUUUUUCAUGCAAAGUUAUAGAUAAAAUUAAGCUUGUGAGCGCUAUUACUGAAACUGUUUGUAAACACAAAUUACUUGAUUUAUGGGUUCUUGUUUAUGGAAAUACACUUUAUUCACUUAAUUCGCAAAGUAAACUUUGAAACUUCUUCACUACUUGUUAUAUGCUGCAUAGACUGAAAAUUACCUCCAGUUCAGACUUUGUUUUACCACUUGAACUAGGUAUAUGUGCUAUACUGUACAUGUGCAUGUGUUAUGGGUCCUAGAGUUCUUGUAAUUGCGGUCACAAAGAUUUUCAAUGGUUUCUCCACUAGGUGGUAUCUUGAGCUACUUAAGAUGUUUAGAUGUAUGUUUGACUCAAUUUCUCAUCAUGCAUGUAACAUGACACUUCCUGUUGAGCGUUUGGAUGAAUGACUGGAUGUCCGCGUGAGUUAAAUUUUUGCAAGGAUUGAGCUACUCUGUAAAGACAAUACAAGCUGUAAUAUCCUCUGUUAUGCUCUCUGAAGAACUGCAAGUUGUAAUAUCCUCUCUUAGUCCACAAGCAGGGAAAAGUAGUAUGUUAUGUUUUGUUUGGUUAUUAUUUUAAUAACGUGUAAGAUUGUUCUUGUGUUUAUGAACGUAUGAUUGAUUGCUGUAUGUCUUUUAUUCAUUUCUGUUUAGUUCUACGGUGUUUUGGUGUCUGUGUUUGUCGGCGCAAUAAAGAACAUCAGUGUUAAAGAACCUGGACCUUGGAUGUGUGACUAAGGGCGGCAUAGUUCUAUUCUGAACCUCUUGUUACUGAUUCACUGUGAGCAUCUUUUGGGACCAAUCAAGUUUCUAAACAGGUUUUCUUUUUUCCAUCUCUCUGUCCAUCCAUCCACUGCUGUUGUCCAAGAGAUGAAGAAAUGUAACAUGAC